AUGUCCAAGACGGCUGCGCUCCGUCGCGCCCUCUUCUCGCGCAGGACCCUUGCCGUCGUCUCCGGCGCGACGCUCCUUGCCGCCGGAGGAGGUUAUUACUACCUCAACUCGGGGCCCACCUACCCUCCCUCAACGAAAGACACCAGGAGACCCCCUCCGCCAUGGACGCCUCCUUCGAGGCAGCACAUGCUCGACGCGCUCAAGGCGUCGUCGUCGAAGAAGGAUGACGCUUAUCCCGAAGAGUUUGACUUGCUCAUCGUUGGAGGAGGCGCGACGGGGGCAGGUGUGGCAGUGGAUGCCGCCAGCAGAGGGCUGAAGGUCGCCCUUGUUGAAAGAGAUGAUUUCAGCUCAGGCACCUCCUCAAAGUCGACGAAGCUGGUCCAUGGAGGAGUACGCUAUCUGCAGAAGGCUGUCAUGGAGCUCGACUACGAGCAGUACAAGCUAGUCCGUGAGGCCUUGCACGAACGCCGCAUUUUCCUCCAGACAGCACCAUACCUAUCAACUAUGUUACCCAUCAUGUUACCCAUCUACAAAUACUGGCAGGUUCCUUACUACUGGGUUGGAUGCAAGAUGUACGACGUGCUGGCUGGAAAGGAGAACAUGGAAUCUUCGUAUCUCAUGAGCAAGGGCAAAGCUCUAGAGACUUUCCCGAUGCUCAAGCAGGACGGACUCGUAGGCGCGCUGGUUUACUAUGACGGUCAACACAAUGACUCUCGGAUGAACAUCGCUCUCAUCAUGACGGCUGUACAGCAAGGCGCGAUCGUUGCGAACCACGUCGAGGUCACUUCGUUGCAGAAGGAAGCCGGUUCUGGCAAGCUCUACGGCGCACGGGUACAGGACAAAUUCACCGGCCAGGAAUUCGAAGUUCGCGCAAAGGGUAUUAUCAAUGCUACAGGCCCCUUCACGGACGCACUGCUCAAAAUGGACAACCCCGCACACGUCCCGAUCGUCCAACCGUCCUCCGGCAUUCACAUCACGCUCCCGAACUACUACUCUCCGCGCACCAUGGGUCUGCUUGACCCCGCUACCUCGGACGGCCGUGUCAUCUUCUUCCUCCCGUGGCAAGGCAACACGAUUGCGGGGACGACGGACACGCCUGCGGUCGUCGAGACGGAGCCGAAGGCACAGGAGGAGGAGAUCCGUUGGGUGCUCGAGGAGGUCAGGCAUUACCUGUCGCCGGACAUUAAAGUGCGCAGGGGUGACGUGCUUAGUGCAUGGAGCGGCCUGCGCCCGCUGGUAAGGAACCCGAACGCGGCGAGCACUGAAGGUUUGGUCAGGAACCACAUGAUUCAUGUGAGCGAUAGCGGCUUGGUCACGAUUGCUGGCGGCAAGUGGACGACAUACCGCGCUAUGGCGGAGGAGACUGUGGAUAAGGCUAUCGAGGUGUUCGGGCUGAAGCCGAAGAGUGGCUGUGUCACGGAGUCCUUGAGGUUGGUUGGCAGCGAAGGCUGGAGCAGGAACAUGUUCAUUGGUCUAAUUCAACGCUACGGCUUGGAAACUGAGGUCGCGAAGCACCUUUCGGAUAACUAUGGUGACCGCGCAUGGACUGUAUGCUCCCUCGCCCAACCUACUGGACAGGCCUGGCCAUUGCACGGCAAGAGACUCGCUCCCGGAUAUCCUUUUAUUGAAGCCGAAGUACGCUACGCCGUUCGCUACGAGUACGCCGAGACCGCCGUCGACGUCAUCGCCCGCCGCACCCGUCUGUCCUUCCUGAACGCACAGGCCGCGCUCGACGCCCUCCCGCGUGUCAUCGACAUCAUGGCCGAGGAGAAACACUGGUCCAAGGCUCGCAAGGAGCAGGAGAUGCAGAAUGCGACGCACUUCCUCGCGAGCAUGGGGCUGCGUCCAGGCGCAGUGCCGUUCAGCAGCGCAGAACCGCAUGGCCUGCUCGAGCGGGUGGAGAGUGCGAUCGGGCUCAGUGCGGGCGAGCGUAAGAGGCGCGGCGCGCCUGAGAUGGUGUAUAGCCGUGCGCAGUUCGAGACGGGCGAGGUGGACAUGCUGAAGGAGGCGUUCGAGAAGCGUACGAAAGAGCCUCAGGAGAGGCUGAAGAACGAGGAGGCGUUCGAUCUGGUCAAGAGCUUGCCUGGAUACGAGGAAAUCAAGGGCAAGGACUAUGAUUACGUGCUUGAGGAGGCUGGGUUCUCGAAGGCAGAAGACGUGGAUUUCGACGACUUCGUCGAGAUCUGCGCCGGGCUUCGUGACGUUUUGUUCGCCCCUGUCCGCACCCGCGCAUCCCAAACUGAGAGAACAAGGAUACCCGUGGAGAAAAGCGGAGGCGGUGUAUAA